UAGUGACUGGUUGUUAGAGAGAGAAAGAGCGUUGCUUAUUUUGAAUUUAGAAAGAGAAAGAAAAAUUUUUAGAGAGAGAGGGGGAAAAGGAAAGACUCAUAAAGAUCAAAUAACUUCUGUAAGAGAGAAAGAAAGAGGAGCAGCUCUCAUUUAAGAGAGACAAAGUAAGGCUUUAACCUUACUUCAUUUUAUUGUACGCACAUAUAUUAGAUUCAGUGUUACAUAAAUAUCACAUGAACUGAUCGAAGCUGGUAAAAGAUUGAGUGAGAGAAGGAGAAGAGAUUUGAGUCGGAUAAAGGAAUAUGAACGGAAUGGGAAGGCAAGGACAGAGAUCUGGAGCAACAGCAGUGCAUCAUCAAAGACAAUACUCUGAUAAUUUCUUAGAUUCUUCAUCGAAUGGUAGAUGGCUUCAAUCUGCUGGUCUUCAACAUCUUCAGAACUCUUCUUCUUCUUCUUCAAUCCCUCCUCUCCAGGACUAUAAUUUCUAUGGCGGUGGUGGUGGUGGCGGUGGAGGAGGAGGGCAGGGGAUGAGAAUGUAUCGCAAUGCGCCUAGGGGUUUUAAUGGAGUAAAUGAGUUUUAUGUAGAGCCUACUACCCCUCCUAUUAGUUCACGGUCAUCUAGUCAGAGAAAGAAUGGCGAAGACUCUCCAAAUGAGUUCAGUCCUGGGCUCUUGGAUCUCCAUUCAUUUGAUACUGAGCUGCUUCCUGAGAUGCCAGUUCCUGGCCUGUAUGAUGGUUCCUCUCUCUUUCAUCCUGUCCGGGGUAGAAGCUUUGAUGACUCUGAACCUUUUCUUUCAAAUAAGCAGCAAACUAGCAGAGCUCCUGUUUUACCAGAUAACAAUCUCCUGAAGAGCUUUGCCGCAGACAAAGAGAAAGCCAGUUCUGUUGCAAAGAUCAAAGUUGUGGUCCGCAAGAGACCAAUGAAUAAAAAGGAGCUGGCGAAAAAUGAAGAAGACAUAAUAGAAACACUUUCCAAUUCUCUAACAGUUCAUGAGACCAAGCUUAAGGUUGAUCUAACGGAAUAUGUUGAAAAGCAUGAGUUUGUUUUUGAUGCAGUGCUAAAUGAGGAAGUAUCAAAUGAUGAGGUUUAUCGUGAGACUGUGGAACCCAUAGUUCCAAUAAUUUUUCAACGCACAAAAGCAACGUGCUUUGCAUACGGGCAAACAGGAAGUGGAAAAACCUACACUAUGAAACCAUUACCCCUCAAGGCUUCACGAGAUAUCCUGAGGUUAAUGCAUCAUACUUACAGGAACCAAGGGUUUCAGCUAUUUGUGAGCUUCUUUGAAAUAUAUGGUGGAAAACUAUUUGAUCUUCUUAGUGAUCGGAAAAAGCUUUGCAUGAGAGAGGAUGGUAAGCAGCAAGUUUGCAUUGUUGGUUUACAAGAGUACAAAGUAUCAGAUGUAGAGACAAUAAAGGACCUCAUUGAGAAAGGAAAUGCUACAAGAAGUACCGGUACAACAGGUGCAAAUGAGGAAUCAUCUCGUUCACAUGCUAUACUCCAACUUGCUAUCAAGAGGUCAGUUGAUGGCAGCGAGUCAAAGCCUCCACGUCUUGUUGGCAAGCUCUCCUUUAUAGAUCUUGCUGGAAGUGAACGUGGUGCAGAUACCACAGAUAACGAUAAACAGACAAGGAUGGAAGGUGCAGAGAUCAACAAGAGUUUACUUGCAUUGAAGGAAUGCAUUAGAGCUCUUGACAACGACAAGAGUCAUAUUCCUUUCAGAGGCAGUAAAUUGACUGAGGUUCUAAGGGAUUCUUUUGUUGGCAAUUCCCGCACUGUUAUGAUUUCCUGCAUUUCACCAAGCUCAGGAUCAUGUGAACAUACUCUCAACACCUUAAGAUAUGCUGACAGAGUGAAGAGCCUUUCUAAAGGGAAUGGUCCAAAGAAGGACAUAUUGUCUUCAACCUUAAAUAUGAAGGAGUCAACUAAUAUGCCCUUAUCAUCAGUUUUACCUGCUACUUCAACCUUUGAGGAUGACAUAACUGAUGCAUGGGCAGAGCAAGAUGAAAGAGAUGAUUUUGAUGCAUCUGAAGACUCCUAUGAACAAGAGAAACCAGUAUGGAAGGAGAAUGGGAAGGUGGAAUCAUACAAUAUAUCUACGUCAGAGGAUAAAAUGCGAAAACCCAAUGGCAUGACAAAAUGGAAAGAACCAUCAAGGUCUAUUCUUAAGAACUCGCGUUCAGAUGAUGAUUUGAAUGCUCUGUUACAGGAAGAGGAGGAUCUUGUCAAUGCACAUAGAAAACAGGUUGAGGAGACAAUGAACAUUGUUAGAGAGGAGAUGAACCUAUUGGUUGAAGCAGAUCAACCAGGGAAUCAGCUUGAUGAUUAUAUUACAAGAUUAAAUGCCAUUCUUUCUCAGAAGGCUGCAGGGAUACUGCAAUUACAAAAUCGUUUGUUGCAUUUCCAGAAGCGUUUGAAGGAGCAUAAUGUUUUAGUAUCUUCUUCCGGCUACUAAUUUAAUGGAAAAGCAGAUAUCACUAUGAUGAAUGGUAACUUCUUUCGAGUCGGCUGCAAGAUUGUUGGCCUACAAGUGGAUUUGGAAAUGCAAUUUCGUGUGAAUUUUUUAAGCAGUUUGCCGGGUGAUUCACUGGCCAUUAUGCAUAAUGCAUCUCUUGUAUUCUUUAUUUUUGGUUUUGAGAGUUUGGAGAUUGUUUGAGGUCCCAUCUCUCUUUCAUUUCAUACAGCACUACUGGCUUAUUUGUCUUCAUUUUCAUUUUAGCAAGUUACAGGCAAGAAUUGGAUUACAUGCCAGAUGGCAUGCUUAUGUAAAGUUAUGAUCAUUAAAAUUUGAUUCAUUAAUGUAGUACUGUUUACUAUACAAUACUUCUUUUUCUUGAUCGGAAGGGAAGUGAUUAAGGUCUGUCUUCUGUAA